ACCCACAAGAAAAUGGGGAGCAAACUGGAGCGAAUCCCUUGCGGAAAAGGCCCUUAUUCUGUUGGCUGUACAGACCUCAUGACUGGUCCCGGCAUUCAGGGAAGUUUUUUGCGACUGUUUUACCCAUCCCAAAAUGACACCUACUGUGAAGAUGCUCUAUGGAUUCCCAAGAAAGAAUACUAUUAUGGGCUAUCGAUAUUCCUUAAUGCAUGUCGGACCGUGGGAGCAUUUUUUCUUGCAAGCUACGUCGGCCCUGUGACCUGUCCGGCAAAAUGGAAUGCUGCGUUCAAGCCUGGAGAAAGAUAUCCUCUCAUUAUUUUUUCCCACGGACUCGGCGCUUUCAGAACUUUAUAUUCGGCGAUCUGCAUGGAAAUGGCAUCUCGGGGAUUUGUUGUUGCGGCCAUUGAGCACAGAGACCAGUCCGCUUCAGCUACUUAUUACUAUAAGGAGAAGCCCUCUUCAGAAGCAAAAGGUGCAGCCUCAGAAAGGCAGGAGGAUUGGAUUUAUUACAGGAAGUUAAAAGCAAACGAAGACGAAGUUCCUAUUCGUCGGCAACAGGUGCAUCAGAGGGCAGACGAGUGCACCAGAGCCCUCAACCUCCUGCUAGAUAUUAACUCCGGAAAGCCGGUAGUGAACUUGAUGCCAGUGAGCUUUGACUGGACCCCUCUAAAGGACUCCAUUGACGUUCACAGGAUAGCAGUGAUGGGGCAUUCUUUCGGGGCUGCUACUGCCGUUGAGACCCUUAGCAAAGAUGUACGAUUCAAGUGUGCCGUUGCCCUUGAUGCAUGGAUGCUGCCCCUCUGUGAUGAAGUAUAUGCCGGAGUUCACCAACCGUUGCUGUUUAUUAACUCAGAGAAAUUCCAGUGGGCAGCCAAUGUUGUAGAAAUGGAGAAACUUGAAGCUGCCAACAGGGAGACAAAAAUGAUCACUAUCAAAGGCACAGUGCACCAGAGUUUUCCAGACUUUACAUUCCUGGCCGGCAGCAUCGUUGGAAAGAUUUUUAGACUCAAGGGAGAAAUAGAUCCAAAUGUAGCCAUUGAUGUUAGCAAUAAAGCUUCAUUAGCCUUCUUACAAAAACAUUUAGGCCUCAAGAAAGGGUUUGACCAGUGGGAUCCGCUCGUAGAAGGUGAAGGCCCUCAUGUCAUCCCCGGCACAAACAUGGAGUUACCUCCAACGCUGCCUCCGUCGAACCAAUAA